CUCUGAACUCCACUGCGGACGAUCUCCUUUUCAUUAGUAACUGGAGCUAGUAAUCCCAGGAUCAUGUCCAGUCAGGAGACCUCGGGCCACCGACAGGUGAGAACCAGGGCCAAGCAGGCUUGUCUCCACUGCAAUAAGCGGCGAAUCCGCUGCAAUGUGCUACAGAUGCGCCCAUGCCAGAAUUGUCUGUCAUUGAAUGUACCCUGUGAGAUAGGCGUUUCAAAGCGAGGAAAGUAUCCCCGUAAGAAGAGUGCUCGGCAACAAACCGACGGCAACUCGGUCCAAUUGCCGGCAUCAUCUGCGAAGGGAGGGAACCAUUCAUUCACCGUGUCAGCAGGUGAUAAAUCCGACGCAAAAGAGUCGCAUGCCCAUCCGAUACCAGGGGAUGCUGCGAGUGCUAAUGAGACAGUGUUUUUCGGCGAGUCGAGUCCGCUCACUGUAGUCAUUGACGAAGGGCGCCGGUCGCCUGAAAAGGGAACUAGUGAGAUGCAUAUGACUCGUUUUCAUUAUCCCAUUCCUGAGAAACUUGAUGCCUUCAACACCCGUGAUGAAGCUUUCCGAGCACACAAGAUCAAGCAAGAAGGCCAGCUGAGAGCUGACGGGGCCUUCUCGUACCCGCCGCCAGAGACAUGCGAAACUCUUCUGCGGGCGUACUUUGACUGGUUUCACCCCUGUUUCCCAGUCCUUGAUCGUGCUGCGGUGUAUGAGAGCUAUGUGCAGGGGAGCUUGUCGCCCCUCUUACUCCAGGCGAUGCUGUUCAUAGGCGUUAGCCUUUGCACGGAUGAGGCGUUUGCCCGGACGGAAUUUUCUUUUCGAUACUGGGCCAAGUUUCUCUUUUACAGCCGAGCAAAGGCAAUCUACGAUGCUGAAUGGGAGUCUAACAAGACGGUCAAGAUUCAAUCGCUGUUUUUGUUGAGCUUCUGGCGUGGAGGGCCAUCGGAGGAGCGGGACAUUCGAUUUUGGCUGGGCAUUGCCAUUGACUUGGCACAAAAGCGCGGCAUGCAUUUGAUGUCCAAGUUCUCGUUUGCCUCCCGUCGAGAGGCAGGGCUAUGGAAGCGGAUUUGGUGGUCGCUUUACACCCGAGACCAGCAAAGCGCCGCAGCACUUGGGCUUCCGCCACACAUUCGGGACAAAGACUGCGAUGUCGCCAUGCUAGAGCCUGAUGAUAUCCGAGAGGAGGCUGUGGGCGGCCAAAGUCUUUUUGGGGUGCAGUGUAUCGAAGACCUCUCUUAUCCAGCCGAAAUGGCAAAGUUAGCCAAAUUAUUGCGUUCUAUUGUCUCGACCCAGUACUCGCCGCUGGGUCCGUCAUCUAACGGUGCGUCACGAGCGGCAUUGCACCAGCAACUGAGGGACUGGGAAUCCAAUAUGCCUCUUGAGCUGAAGCUGGAAAAUGCCACAACUCCACGAGCCAAGUUUCUGGCCGGACUCUUACAUAUGACAUACCAAAAUCUCUACAUCCUGCUUUACCGACCGUCCUUUCUUCACCCUCCAGAUGGAGAUCUGGAUAGUCAAGGUCAGAUAGCCUUGGAUGCCGCGACGAAAAGCACACGAGUGUUGGAGGAUAUGCUUUCGCACAACUUGGUCCAACACGGCCCCCCUCAUCUAAUCACCCACGCGUUUUCAACCCUCUGCAUCCACACCAUCCAUUUCCGUCGCUCGUCCGGGACAGGUCGCAAAUUAGCCGAACACCGAGCCCGGCUCUGUCUCUUGAGCCUACAAGAGCUGCAAAAAUCUUGGGACUUGGAGAACUGGGUACUAAACCUGUUCUUCCGAUGUUUGGACGAUCGCACGGCUCGCACUCUGCGACCGGUCGAUCCCACUGCUCCCUCCCCUAAAACCGAGAGCCGUAAUCUUGUCUCCGCCACCCCGGAUAUUUUCCCUGCUCUCAAUAUGAUUCCAGAGGCGGGCGGACCGACGCUCAAUACAUCUUCUCAAGCGGCGCAUACGCAGUAUCCCACUGGGGAUAUUAGCGCCCCGAGUGAUUGGUACGGCUUGUUCAAUUUCACCGACGAUUAUACCGACAUUUCGGGGGCGGCUCCCAGCCACGACGCAUCGCUAAAUUUGCAGAAUCUGGAGUUUCUCUAUCGAUUUCUAUGA